AUUUGUGACUACCCUAUGGCUAGGCGCACGUUAGCCUCCUGCCUCUCUCGUGCUCUCUCCUCAUCGCCGUCAUCCGCUUCUCGCCAACGCGUCGUCGUCCCUCUUCUCCUCAACUACCAUCAUCAGCUUCAGGCGCAGCAUUUUGUCCAGACCCGCGCCAAGACAACCGGACCCGGUUAUUCACCCCUGAACGAUCCAUCGCCCAACUGGAGCAACCGGCCCCCCAAAGAGACAAUUCUACUCGAUGGCUGCGACUACGAGCAUUGGCUCAUCGUCAUGGAGUUCCCCGACCCGAAACCCUCUGAGGAGGAUAUGAUUAAUGCUUAUGUCAAAACCCUAACUUCUGUAGUUGGAAGUGAAGAGGAGGCUAAGAAAAAGAUUUACUCUGUCUGUACGACCACAUAUACUGGCUUUGGUGCUUUGAUUUCUGAAGAGCUUUCCUACAAAGUAAAAGGUCUACCUGGUGUCUUAUGGGUCUUGCCAGAUUCAUAUCUUGAUGUUCCUAAUAAGGACUAUGGAGGGGAUUUGUACGAAAAUGGGAAAGUCACCCAUCGGCCACAAUACAGAUUCACUGAGAGGCAAAAUAAUACGCCCCGGUCCCGACCACGAUAUGAUAGACGUAGAGAAACAAUGCAGGUCAAUAGACCUGUGCAAGGAAAUACUCGGGCAUCUAACUAGCAAGCUCACAGCAGUCGAGCCCUGUGGCUGUGGGUGAACAGAGUGGUGGAGGUUCCAAUCUUAAUCCUGGACAAUCUCGUGGGAACAAUGCCUAAAAGUAUGUUUUUUCUCGCCCCAAAACCAAAUCCAAUACCCCUUGCUCCUAAAUAUAAUCAGUAUUGCUGUUUCUUUGCACAUGAUAAGUAGUAACUUUGAUGUUCUUGCAUUGCCAAUUAUAUGUAGUUGUAAAACUUUUGGUGUCAUUUGAAUGUCCCUUGGAUCUCUUGUGACAAACACUCUUCCUAACUCAUAAUUUAUAUAUGGAACUUUGUGGUGAGGUUUAUAAGUUUAUUGUCCCCA